GCUGUGCUGCUCUGCUCUGUAGCUGCGGGCAAGCCCCAUGCUGCCUGCUGCAGAGGACCGAUGGGUUUCUGCUCUUUCGUCAUUAGUCUUCUCCCUCCCUUUAUCCCUCUCUACUCCCUUCAUCCCUCUUUCUCUCUGGCUGGAAUGGAGUGAUAUUGGCACACAGCAGUCAUGCCUGUGAUGAAGGGGCUGCUGGCCCCCCAGAACACCUUUUUGGACACCAUCGCUAAGCACUUUGACGGCACGCACAGCAACUUCCUGCUGGGGAAUGUCCAUGGUUGCCGUGGUUACCCCAUCGUGUACUGUUCAGAUGGGUUCUGUGAGUUGACUGGCUUUGUACGGACUGAGGUCAUGAAGAAGACGUGUACAUGUCACUUCCUCCAUGGACAGGAAACGAGUGAGAGAGUGACUCAACAAGUGGAGAAGACCCUGGAAGGACAGAGAGAGUACCGGGCUGAAGUUCGCUAUUACAAGAAGAACGGCUCUCCCUUCUGGUGCCUGUUGGACAUGGUGCCCAUCAGGAAUGAGACAGGAGAGGUGGUGCUCUUCCUGUUCUCCUUCAAAGACAUCACAGACUCUUAUGGGAAGACGCACCACUGCACACAGCUGCAGGAAGAUGGUACCCAAAACAGGAAGUCCAGCCACUCACACCUGAGUCAUGCUCGUGAGCGUGGGUGGAGACUUGUACACCAUCUAACCAGUCAGUUCACCAACAGGAGCAAAGGGAAGCUGCCAAAUAGCACGUUUCCCAAGCCUACACUGCCAGAGUACAAAGUCGCCUCGGUGAAGAAGUCCCGAUUCAUCCUGCUUCACUACAGCCUGUGCAAAGCAUUGUGGGACUGGUUGAUCCUCCUCGCAACAUUCUACGUGGCUGUGACGGUUCCAUAUGACGUAUGCUUCUCCACCAUGGAUGACAGUAACCAUGGCGACCCUGCGUGUGGUUCCACUUCCAGAAGCAGCAUUGUCAGUGACAUCGUUGUUGAGAUGCUCUUCAUCCUCGAUAUUGUAUUAAAUUUCCGCACCACGUACGUGGGCCCCGCUGGGCAGGUGGUGUAUGACGCUCACUCAAUCUGUCUCCACUACUCAGCUACCUGGUUCAUCCUGGACCUCAUCGCUGCUCUGCCCUUUGACCUCCUCUAUGCAUUCAAUGUGUCAGUGACAUCUCUGGUGCACCUGCUGAAGACGGUGCGUCUGCUUCGUCUGCUGCGUCUCCUGCAGAAGUUGGAUCGCUACUCUCAAUACAGUGCCGUGGUUCUCACCCUGCUCAUGUGCGCCUUUGCUCUGCUCGCACACUGGCUCGCCUGCAUCUGGUAUGUCAUCGGCCGGCAGGAGCUCAUCAGCCAUGACCUGCGCACCUGGGACAUCGGCUGGCUGCAGGAGCUGGCAAAGCGUUUGGAGACACCGUACAUUAACGGCACGUCUGGCGGUCCAUCCGUGCACAGCGCCUACAUAGCCUCCCUCUACUUCACCCUCAGCAGUCUGACUAGUGUCGGCUUUGGCAACGUCUGCGCCAACACAGAUGCUGAGAAGGUCUUCUCUGUUUGCACCAUGCUGAUUGGGGCCCUCAUGCACGCCGUGGUGUUUGGUAACGUGACGGCCAUCAUCCAGCGCAUGUACGCGCGCCGCUCGCUCUACCACACACGCAUGAAGGAGCUGAAGGAGUUCACGCGUGUGCACCGUCUCCCACGCCAGCUCAAACAGCGCAUGCUCGAGUACUUCCAGACCACCUGGUCCGUCAACAAUGGCAUCAACGCCAACGAGCUCCUGCACGACUUCCCAGACGAGCUGCGUGCAGACAUCGCCAUGCAUCUCAACAAGGACAUCCUGCAGUUGUCGCUCUUUUCAUCUGCCAGUAGGGGGUGCCUGCGCUCCCUCUCUCUGCAUAUCAAGACUUCUUUCUGCGCCCCUGGCGAGUACCUCAUCCGGCAGGGCGACGCCCUACACGCCAAUCACUUUGUUUGCUCCGGGUCCUUGGAGGUGCUCAAAGAUGGCAUGGUGCUCGCUAUACUGGGUAAGGGAGAUUUGAUUGGUGCAGACCUGCCUGGAGAGGAUCAUGUGAUCAAGGCCAGUGCUGAUGUGAAGGCUCUGACCUACUGUGACCUGCAGUACGUGAGCGUCAGGGCCCUGAGGGAGGUGUUAGCGCUCUACCCUGAAUACAGCGCACGCUUCUCCGAGGACAUCCACCACAACCUCACCUACAAUCUCAGAGAGGGCCAGACUCGCACUCCAAGAGCCUCACAGGAUUGUUCUCACUCCAGCCGUCCCCUAGACCCAAACUUGCCCUUCAUUUUGGAGGCUGAGGAAGAGGACAGUUCAGGACAGGCAGUGGUCAGGCAACCAUUACUCUCCAGCACAGGAGGGUGUUCUCCACAGUCCACUCUCAGCGCCAUGCUGGGGGAGGAGUUAUGCCAUUUCAGUAUGCUCCGCCUCUGCCGCACUCCAACCCAAGGCUACCAGGCACAGAGCCCCUCCCCCUCCCCUCAGACGCCAGCCAAUCAGGAGUCAUAUGGCACAGUAGUUGACACAGGUUCCGCCCACCGGCCAGCUAAACUGCUAAUUCCCUCCUCCCUCAGCUGCAUCAGUCCACUGGAUCUGAGCCCCAGGGUUGUUGAUGGGAUUGAGGAUAAUGAACCAGUGUUUCAUUUCAAUGUGGAAUCCAGUGGGGUCGCCCUCAGUCCACAGUUCAAAGAUCCCUUUCAGGUGAAUGCCAACCUUCUACUUGAGACUGAAGAAGUCAGACAAAGUGUGUCUCAGCUCAAUACAGAGAUGAACCGUUUAAAUGAGGAAAUGUCCAGCCUGGCCAAGGAGCUACAUGAGAUGAUGCACUUCCUGCACACCCACAUCACCGGGCCUCACUUCCCCACCCUCCUCCCUCCAUGCUCGGCUUUCAGUUGCCAUGGCAGCACAACCCUGCCCAUGUCGUCCUCAGAGUGGUCCCCACAGCUGCCCUGCCAGCAGGUGGCGCUCUGUGCUAGAGACUCGGCAGGACUGCGAGCAGGGUGUGUUUCUGCCCAUGAGCGGGGCUCUGUGCUGGGGCAGGAGGGGGUCUGGGAGCAUCUCCCCCAGCCUGUGGGUCCCCACAGUGCCUGUCCCCACUCCACGUGCUGCCCAGACCAGGGAAGGGUUGCAGCUCUGGGGCUGGACAGCCAGCCGAGUGCCUACCCGGAUCACCGAGCCCCCCAAGGAGGGCUCACUCUCCACAGCUUGGGUUCCGGCUUCCCGUGCCUCUCUGGUCCCAGUGGAGUGGCGACUCAGGUCAGGACCAUUGGUUCCAUAAACACUUCCGGCAAAGCAUGUAGCAUCUGUUCCCAUGGCAACCUUAGUCUGUCCCGCCAGUCUCUGAACACCCAUGGGACCCCUGAUCUCACUCGACAGCAUUCGAUGACGACCACGUCUGUCCACACAUCUCUUACGGCAACUGAUCAGUCACAACCCCUCACUGCUGCGAGUUCAGUGCUGCAUGCUGGGAUUUAUAGUCACAGUUCAGCACACGUCCCCACAGGACCCAGGCAGAAUGACCUGGUGGGGUCAAGCCAGGUUCACCUGCAGGACCCCAUCUGGAUCCCCACUGGGGAGACGACGGACGCUGCGAGCUCAGCGCCAGCAGGGCUCUGACCAGACCGUCCCAAUCCUAGCCCGGUCACACAACUACGACAGGGGGUCUCUCCCUCCCCGCUGAUCAGGAGUAGCACCUAAAUCAAAAGAGGUUCCAUUUCAUUCACUUUGUCCUAGGGACUUAACCCUCUCCGUACGAGGUAUGUUCACCAAAGAAGAAGAGCAGUCGGGUGUGUGUGUGUAUACUGGCCUACAUAAAGGUGGAGGGCAGCUGCAUCUGUACAAAGUGUGUUAAAAACCACAGGUGUGUAGAGGCCAUACGGCAGGAUGUCACAGACUGCAGUUCUCCAUGGAAACUAAACUACAGGUGUAUAGAGGCCAUACGGCAGGAUGUCACAGACUGCAGGUCUCCAUGGCGACUAAACUACAGGUGUAUAGAGGCCAUACGGCAGGAUGUCACAGACUGCAGCUCUCCAUGGAUACUAAAAGUACUGAUUGUUCUUGGCCAAGAUGAAGAAUGCAGAUGUGAGGAAGCCCUCUGAGAGCCCUGAGCUCAAAUCAACUCCUCUUCAUCAAAAUUAGUCUUCUCAUUAGUGUACGGCAGGGACUACACGAUGUAGGUCAGAGGCCUUCCUCCAUAAGGCAAACGCCCUGCAGCACGUCGUCUGUGUCGUACGUACGUACGUUAAUGUCUCUUUGGCUUCAGUGCUGUAGAUGGGAAUGCAGACACAGCACAGAGUCGGACAGGAAGUUCAGCCUUUCUGUCAGGUCUGCACAAAACAGAAUGAGGUACCAAGGCUUAAAUGCAGCAUUACCAAUACUGAUUUACUCCAUACCUUCCAACGUGAAUGUCUUUGGCUCUGUAGUUCCAGCUAUCUUGUAAUGAUUGCUGUCCUGUCAUGGCUGCCCUGGAAAGCUACCAACAGGUUUGUUAUGCGCUCUUAAUGGACUUUGACUUUGAAAAGCAUAUUACCCCAUUAUAUAGAAUUUGUGAACGGUCAAAUAAUUCCAUGUGUUUGUUAGACUUUUGUGUCCUCUGCGUUUAAUUUCAUGGCAUAUUUAAACUUAUUUUUGUUGGUUUGAUUUAUUUUUGUACAAUAAAAAGCUUAC